AUCACUCAUCGUGCAGAGUGAGACUGGGGACCUCAGUUUAUUGUGUGUCGCCAUACUAGGAGUUUUACUGCUCAGUCUCUGCGUCUUCACCAGACUCUUCGCACAAGUCGAGGCAAGUCCACGUGUGCCUGUGAUGGGCAGUGACGUCACACUCAGCUGCACCAUCUCCAGACUCUCAGAUACAGUCAGUCUUCACUGGAGACCAAUGGACUCAUCCCAGCAGAACACGAGCAACACUGAUCAGAUCCACCUGAAUAACACGGUCUAUCUGAUGAUCCGACACGUUACAGUGCAGGAUGGGAUGAUGUAUGAGUGUGAAGUGCAGAAAAAUGUAAAGGUUGUUGGCAAAGGGAAAGCAGAAUUUGCUGUAAGAAACUCUUUAUAUAGAGAAAGUUACACACUUUAUCGCACAGGCACAGAUGGCAGUGAACUCCACCUCCUUUGUUUCAGUAUUACAAGAAGUUAUUACAACGCUGCCUGGUCCUGGACAUCACAUUUUCUUCCCGGUUCGACCAAAGAAAUAGCAACGGCAGUAAAGUUUCAGCCCGUCACUGUCACCAGUAGUCGCUUUGCGAAUCGACUGGAGCCCUCAGUGACAGAAUUUAAUGGCACGAAUUUGACGAUGAGGAUUUCCCCUGUGGUGUUCGAGGAUGCAGGAGUUUACACCUGUACUGUGGGCGGAAGUACUUAUGUAACUAUAACAUUAAUCACAGUUAAAGAUACCUACACCUAUAUUAUUAUUAUUAGAUGUUUGGCUGUUCUGCUCAUCAUUAUCGUGGGAGUGGUAGUGUGUUUGAAAAAGAGCAAGUAUAAAGGGAACAUAUUUGAAUAUUGA